CGGACGCCCUCACUAAGUCUGUGGCAGAGACUAAGGGCGUGGGUUGACUGCGGAGCGCUAAGACUCAAAGCCCGCAGAGGCAAGAACAGGACGUCCCAUUCCCCAUUCCCCGCCUGACUCUGAGUAUCAGGGUCGAGAGAAAAGACAAGGGAGCCCGAACGGAGCUGGACUGGGUGGGCCAGUGCUUUAAUCACCCGGGUGAAGACGGGGCGUGGAGAGGAGCUAGCAGACGCGGUGGCAGCGCCAGGCGCACUGGAAGUGCAGCGGACGCGCCCGCUGACUUGCUGGCCGCGCCUGUGACCUCUCUUUUCGGCUAAGAACCUAGGCGGAGGAGUUCCUGAGGAGCCCACGGAACUGGCUAAGCAAAGGAGACUAGCCCAUGGUCUCCAUGAUCCUCCCAUCCUCUGCUCUUUUCCUCGUCCGCUCCAUGCUCAAGAGCUGCGCUCCGCAGCCAGGGCGAGGAGAGCCAUGGAGGAGCAGGGAGUUCAGUGCGCCCCGCCGCCUCCUGCCUCCUCCCAGACAGGGGUACCUCUUGUCAACCUCUCACACAACUGCAGCGCCGACAGCUACAUUUACCAGGACUCCAUCGCCAUGCCCUGGAAAGUCCUGCUGGCUGCACUGCUGGCUCUCAUCACCUUGGCCACCACGCUCUCCAACGCCUUUGUGAUCGCCACGGUAUAUCGGACCCGGAAGCUGCACACCCCGGCUAACUACCUGAUUGCCUCUCUGGCAGUCACUGACCUGCUGGUAUCCAUCCUGGUGAUGCCCAUCAGCACCAUGUACACGGUCACUGGACGCUGGACACUAGGCCAGGUGGUCUGUGACUUCUGGCUGUCGUCGGAUAUCACCUGUUGCACUGCUUCCAUUAUGCAUCUCUGUGUCAUCGCCCUGGAUCGCUACUGGGCCAUCACUGAUGCGGUGGAGUAUUCCGCUAAAAGGACUCCCAGAAGGGCGGCCAUCAUGAUAACGCUGGUGUGGGUCUUCUCCAUCUCUAUUUCGCUGCCACCCUUCUUCUGGCGUCAAGCCAAAGCUGAGGAGGAGGUGCUGGACUGUUUGGUGAACACCGACCACGUCCUCUACACAGUCUACUCCACGGUGGGCGCUUUCUAUUUACCCACCCUGCUCCUCAUCGCCCUCUAUGGCCGCAUCUAUGUGGAAGCCCGCUCUCGGAUUUUGAAACAGACACCCAAUAAGACCGGCAAGCGCUUGACCCGAGCCCAACUGAUAACAGACUCCCCUGGGUCCACGUCCUCGGUCACCUCUAUUAACUCCCGGGCUCCCGACGUGCCCAGUGAGUCCGGGUCUCCAGUGUAUGUGAACCAAGUCAAAGUGCGAAUCUCAGACGCCCUGCUGGAAAAGAAGAAGCUCAUGGCCGCUAGGGAGCGCAAAGCCACCAAGACCCUAGGGAUCAUUUUAGGAGCAUUUAUUGUGUGUUGGCUGCCCUUCUUCAUCAUCUCCCUGGUGAUGCCUAUCUGCAAGGAUGCCUGCUGGUUUCACAUGGCCAUCUUUGACUUCUUCAAUUGGCUAGGCUACCUUAACUCCCUCAUCAACCCCAUCAUCUACACUAUGUCUAAUGAGGACUUCAAACAAGCAUUCCAUAAACUGAUACACUUUAAGUGUACAGGUUGACUUGCCAAUGGCAGUGGGGUCGCCUAGGCGACCUUUGGGGACCAAGUUGGGUCUUUCCACAGGUAGGUCAAAUCUUCUUUCCCUGUUACUGGGUAGAAGCAAGGCUCUCUCUCCUGGGCAAGGGCAAUGGAUCCUGAGAAUCCCAGCAGCUCUGAGAGAGCCCUCUGGAAGGGGAACUUCUCAAACAACUGCAAAGCAUCCAUGCUGAGGAGGUUAACCUCUUCCCCUCAAAGUCCGGGCUCAGCACAGAUCCUCGUGCAGCCAAUCACACAAAAGGCUGCAACUUUUUAACGCUGAUGAUGAAUGGGGGAUCCCUGCCCCGUUUUAUAUCACGGACAUUGUCCUCUAAGCCAUUGGCACUUGUAGGUGUUGUCUGAAGCCUGUCUGAGGCAGAUCUACAUACAGCCUGGCAGUACUUGAACUAGACAAUUAAUACCCUAUGAUGUGGGGGAGAACUUUGUGUUACAGUUUAUUUUAGAACACUUCCUUUGACAUCUGUCAGUCUUCAUUGGUUUAUUUACAUUUGGUUGGAGAAACGUGUGGAUUUGGUGCUUCAAACACUAAAUGUGGCUGGGAUGGCACAGAGCAACCUUGAAGAGUUAAAGUGAAAUUCUGAUGCUAAGAUCUCUAUUUUUAUUACAAUCAAAAAAAAUAUAUGGGGGUGGUGGGUGGGAACUGGAGAUGGGGAGUGUUACACUGAGGAUCAACAAACACCUAAGAUUGAUUGUUUUCUGCAGAGUUCUAAUUUUUUAAAUUCCUGUUUUGUGAUCGUCAAACUACAACUCUAACAACUCAAACAAAACAUAACGUGUGCUAGUGCCAAAGUCUGCAGGCUGCGUUGUUUCCUAAUCUCAUGUACCAGUCAUUUUACACAGUUAAAUCCCCACCAAUGGAGGGUGUGCUGGGUGACUCAGCCCAAACUGCUGCCGUUCGAGGAGUUUGUCAAAGGGAUUCGAGUUGUAUACGAUUCCUUCACAAGAAAGUAUCUUUAUUCCUUAUCCAGUUCCGUGAUAUUCGGAGGAGACUGACGAAAUAGAUGCUAUUUCUUAUAUAAUUAAGGAAUAAAAAGGGGAGAUAGGAGGAUGUAUAUUUUUGACUUGUAAAAAAUUCUUAAAAUGCAUGAGACAAUUUUUGAUAAUCAUUUGCACUCUCUCCCAUCUGUGAUUCCUUUGUGUGCAAAUAGAUAAAGUAAACAGAAGAACAAGUUUCCCUGCCCAGAAAUCUUUCAACUGCAGCCAGAACCCCCCAAACUAUAUUAAAGUGUGCAUGAGAGAGGGAGAGGGAGAGGGAGAGGGAGAGGGAG